AUGAAUAUUAUUUUGAUUUCCUUAAUUGCCUCAAUUCAAGCACUUCCAUUAUACUUGGGAAUCUUUGCAAAUGAUUAAUCAGAAUCGAGAGUUUACAUGAGAUUAAAAGUAUUGGAUGCAGUUAAAAUAUUGAUGAAUCGCUACCCUUAAGAUUAAGAUGUUUAAUAUAUGUACUAUGAACUAACUAAUAAUAAAACAUACAGAUCUCCUCCUAAUCUUCACAUCACAACAUUUUAUAUAGGAGAUAAUAAAGAUGCAGAAUAAUCAGAGUAUUAUAAAAAUUUCAAAGUAAAUCUCCCAUAAGAAAUGUAAAUUUAUGCCGUAGCCUUAUUGCCAAAGAGAGUUAUCGCAUGUGUUGUUAGGAGAGAGGAUUAUGCAGUGCCUAUAGAAAACAAAUUCCCUCACAUGACAACUUUAGUGGGAAAUUGGACAGCUGUUGAUUCUAAUAUAUUCAUGGCUAAUUUAUUUGAUGACUAUGGACCAUUGAAUAAUAUUUAUUAUAGCUUAUUCGAGUAAUCAGAAAUAAAAGUUUACAGCACUCUAAUAAAUGGAAAAGGAGAAAAGAAUCUACCUGCAUAUGUAGUUAAAAUGCCAUUUAGCAUUGAUGGAUCAACCUAAUAUGGGUUUCAAUGA